AUGGGCUUCGUCCAGCUGUUGUCAAAAAUACAAACAUCUCAGUUUAAGAUGAGGAGCAAAGACCUGGUUCUGGAUGAGGACAUGCUCUGGGCUCUUUCUGAUCUGCCUGAUCACUACCAUUUCGGCGCAUAUUCACAGUUUUUCAAUGAAUACGGCACGCAUUACAUCACGGAGGGAACCAUGGGUGGGCUCAUGGAUUACGUCGCUGUUGUGAACAUAAAUGAAAUGGAGGAAAAAAAAAUGACUGGGCAGCUAAUGGGAUCAUGCAUUGGUGGAUCAUUCGGGCUGGUGUUUAUGGAUAAAAUCAAAGCUGAAGUAAAAGGAAAAUCAUGUGGAAAAGUUGCGACAAAUGAGAAAACUGGUGAUGAAUCCAACAGCGCUAUUAAGGAUGUGUUUGGCUUUGUGAAGGGUGGAAACACAGCCUCCAGCGCUGGAACUUUGGGUAUCAAAGAUGCUAAAAGUUACAAGGAUUGGGGGAAGAGUCUGAAAUAUAACCCUGCGCUAAUUGAGUUUGAGAUUCUACCAAUCUAUGAGCUGCUGCGUUUAAGCACCGCCGCUGAGCAGCUGAGCCCUAAGUUGCCCCAUCUGAAGAUGGCCUGGGAGGAGUACAUGCAGAACUUUAACCCAUGCCGCUGCGCCCCCUGCAUGAAUAAUGGCGUUCCAGUGCUUUCCGGGACAGACUGCAGUUGUUUAUGUAAAAAUGGAUACACUGGUGCUGCCUGUGAGGAGACUGAACGGAAAGGCCCCACAGAUGGAGUGUGGAGCUGCUGGAGCUCCUGGUCUUCAUGUUUAUUUGGAAAAAAGACACGAAGUCGAGAAUGCAACAAUCCCUCGCCAAAAGACGGCGGUCUGCCUUGUCAAGGAAAGAGCACGCAGAAAAAAUCCUGCUGAAAUUUAAAUAACUCUUUAGGAUAUACCUUUACCAGCUAUUGUUGUGUUAAAGGUAGUUAUUCUAUGGUUAUUUUUCAUAAUAAAGAAGACUUUUAUUUUGAAUAACAUCUCAAGCGAUAUAAGCUGAUUGCUAAAUCAAUGUAUAUUUUGGGAGAUUUUGUCUUAAAAAUAUUAAAGCGUCCC